UAACGGACACAUCGAAGGCGAGUGAAAGGUAUAAAGCCUUUGGACACUCAUCCAGGCACUGCCAGUCAUUUUCAAUCCGUUCUCGGGAAGAGUGUCUCUCAGUUAUUUGUGCUAAAAGCAGUGCUAGGAAAAAUGUCCAAAAAUCUUCGUUUGAUCCUCAUUCAGCACCGUACUGCCGGUGAUGUGAAGGAGGACAAUGUGACCUAUGUCAUGGGUAAGAUCCGGGCGGCUGUAGCCGAUGAGAAGAGGACUUCAGUGCCCAUUCUAGUGGUUCUGCCUGAACUCUUCAACUCACCCUAUGGUCCUCAGUUCUUCGAUAAGUACGCUGAGCUGAUUCCCGAUGGUUACACCAGCAAAGCCCUCUCAGCAAUUGCUAAGGAGCUGGGUAUCUACAUCAUCGGUGGAUCAUAUCCUGAGCGAGACCCUCAGAAUCCCAAGACACUCUACAACACUUGUACAGUGUGGGGACCAAAGGGUGAACUUCUCGCUAAACACAGGAAAGUACAUCUCUAUGACAUUGAAGUGCCCAACAAGGUCACAUUCAAAGAGUCCACAGCAAUGACUCCUGGGAAGAAUUACACCAUCGUGGAAAUUGGUCCAGCCAAGAUUGGAAUUGGUAUCUGCUUCGACAUUGAGUUCGAUGAGUUCGCCAGGGUGUACAGAAAUGAAGGAUGUAACUUCCUCGUCUACCCAGCAGCCUUCCCAAUUUACACUGGUGAGCUCCACUGGGAACUUUACCAGAGGGCUCGUGCUGCUGAUACCCAAAGCUACGUCACAAUGGUAUCUGCAUCACGUGACUACACCAAUCCCUUCGUGAACUGGGGCUACACCACUCUCGUGGAUCCCUGGGCGCGUGUGAUCAAGAAGGCUGGCGAAGAUGAGGAGAUCAUCAAGGCGGAUCUCGACUUUUCCCUGGCGGACAGUGCCCGUGAGCAGCUCCCUGUGUUCAGGAAACGCAGAACUGACAUGUACGAGGUUGUGGCUAAAGUCCCAAUCAAGUAAAACUGCUGGAGGAUCGAGAAUAAUUGGCCCAGUCACUAUUUGAUGUACACACGAUACGUUUUUUCCAUCAAAGUAUCCACAAAACUAUCAAUUGGAUGAAUGAUUGCUGUAAAGUAGAAGUUGUUCGUUAAAUAUAAAUCUGAGAGAUUCUCAAAAAAACAUUUCGGUUUUUUUUAAAUUCUGAGAUAGUCACCAGGAAUUGAAACUAAUCCCACAGCAGUUGGCACCCAUUUCUUUAUAGCUCCUUUCUGGUGAGCCAUUUUCAACAAUUUUCCCGUUCCCCAGCAAAUCCUGCAAAUAAGUGUGUUGUAUAAAAAUGAUUCCCCCAAUUAUGGUUCAUACCAUAAGCUAUCCUGCUAAUUAUCUAAGAAAGUUUUAGCAAAACUCGAGAGAUUCAUGGGGAAUUUUACGAACAAUUUUAAAAAUUCGAUAACUCAGAAUAUAAAACGAAUAUGUCGCGAAUGGCCAACUUUAGAGAAGAGCGAUUUCGAUCUGAAAUUUUACAUGCUGACUAUAGAAUUUUUAAGGUUUGAAACCCCUAUAACUUUGAGAAUAAUUAACUUUCCGGUAUAAUAUUCACAGGGAUGGUAGAGGUAGAGGGUGUCAAGUAGUACCCGAAAAGCAAAAAAAAAAAAAA